GAAAUCUGAAAAUAAAACAUUUAGAUGAUUAAAGUCAUAAAUCACGUCAGUCUUGUAGCAUUGCAUCUUUUCUACGAACCUCAUACUCCAAUGGCUGCCAGUAAUCCUGACAACUGAUCAGCAAACAUGUCUCUUCGAUUACUUCAUCUAGACUCAGAACGUCUGAAAGUGAAAGAGAAAUAAACAACCACCAACCUUGUCAAGAACUUUUCUCACAAGUCGUGAUCCUUCCCGGGAGCAAUCUUGAUAUGAUUUGCACUGUAAGAAGCAGAAAAGUCAUCUUUCGAUGCAAAAGUCAAAUCAACAAAAAGCAUCAAAUGAUAUGUCAUAUAUGAAGAAAAGAGUCACCUUAUUGUUACUUGGUCCCAGUUCUCUCUCUCCCAAAAUUAUUUAAAAGCACGUUUUGGCCAAAUCAAAUUAAACCCAGAAGAAUUCUUGUUCUUUUUACCACUAAUGCAAUGGCUAGAGAGAAAAGGAAACCAAAAAAGAAAAUUAAAGUCAAUGAGAAGAAAGAUAGUGAUGUGGAAACUCCCCAGAUAGUCCUGAUGUGAAUGCGGAGGAUUUCUUUGAAGAUGAUGUGGAUAAAUUUCACAGCAAUCGAGAAAAAAUUUUUUUGGAAAAAUCAAGUUUUACAUCAGACGAGGAAUCUGUUGGAGAAGAGCAGUUCGAGGAAGUGCUUGGUUUGGAUGUUAAAUCAGAGAGUGACGAAGAAGAAUUUAAUGAUCAAUUUGAUGAAGGUUUAUCUGACAGUGAUGACAAUAUGGGAAAGGGUGCAAAAAUUCCCAGUGAAAAAGCAUGGGGAAAGAAGAAAACUGUGUAUUAUGAUGCGGAGCAGUAUAAGGAAAAAGAUCUUGAUUCUGAACAAGAAGAAAUGCUGGAAAAAGAAGAAGAAAAUGAGGCACUGAUGUUACAACAUGCCCUUGCUGAUCGUCUUGAUGAACAUGAUUUUGACUUAAAAGAAUUUGAGGAGGAAACCAAUGGACAGAUAACCAAACAAGCAAAAAAAGUGAAAAGAACUCGGAGCAUGAAAAAAUUGUCAUGGAUUUGUCGAGGCUGUCCAAAGAUGAAAAAAUAAAGUUAUUGGCAAAAAUUCACCCGAAAUGUUCGAGCUUAUCAAAGAUUUCAAAGAAAAGCUUUUUGAAGUGACCGAAAAGCUUUAUCCGUUGGUAAAGAUGGCACGGACAGAAAAAAUAGCAAACCCAAAGGGUGUAGAAUAUUUGGAAAUGAAAUAUCAACUCAUGUUGAAUUAUCUUGUGAAUAUAUGUUUCUAUCUGCUGCUCAAAGCACAUCAAAUCCCAGUGUUGAACCAUCCAGUUAUCAAGAGACUGGUUGAGUACAGAGAGCUUCUUCAGCAGUUGAAACCACUUGAUUCUAAACUUGAAGAAGAUAUGAAGUAUUUCCUGGAUGAAAAUACGCAAGAUAAAGAUGAACACGAAGAUAAUGAACUGCUACAAAACAAAAAAGCAAAAGACAGUGAAAGGAAAAAACUGUCGAAAAAGAUUGUCCACUUCUCCUAUUCUGAUGUCGAACCAGAAACAGACGGUAAAUCUGAGAAAAGAAAACGUUUAGAAGACUUUGAUCCUAUGAGUUAUUAUGAAACAAUGAGUGACAUGAAAAUAAAGAAAAAAGAGAAACGAAAAAGAAAUCACGAACUGAAGAUGAACCCCAACGACCAUGGUUUCCAUGACGAUGAAGCUAUAAACGCAGACACGGAUGGAAAACGUGGAAUAUCCUAUCAGAUAUCGAAGAAUAAAGGUCUUACUCCCAAACGUAAGAAAGAAGUUCGAAAUCCCCGUCUAAAACACAGAAAAAAGUUUGUCAAAGCAAAAAUCAAAAGAAAAAGUCGUAUCAAUCCUAUUGUCAAAGAGCUCAGUCGUUAUGGUGGAGAAAGUACUGGUAUCAAGUCACAUCUCACCAGAAGCGUUAAGAUUAAGUAGAUGGUUCAUUUUGUCAUCUCAUUGGUUGUUUUGAUUAGAGAUUACAUCCAUUGAGACAUUGCCAAGAAACGGCAUGAAGAGUUCUCCCAUGAAAAAUUUUAUUUUUUUCAUGAAAAAACAAAGGCUAAAACUUUUUGAUAGUUUUUCAAAUCAAUGCAAAAUGCGCAUUUAUACCACUUUAAAUCACUAGGUCAGUAUUGUAUUUCUUCUUGCCACGUAAGCCUGUGCUUAUACAUUGUUAAUGAGAAUGACCUUUUCUCGCGUA